CAGCUUAUGUCCCUGUUGGAACCAGCGCCUGGCAUUACCACGGGAAACGGAUAAUACACAUGCAAGACGUUGCCAGGAUGUGCAAACAGUACGCCACGGUGGGCCACGGCGAUGAGACCGCCGCCCUGAGCGUGACCACGGAGAACGGCCGCCAGCACAAGCGUCUCCGCUACGUCCGCAAGGAGGGCGGCUGCAACGUGCUGUUCCGCCACGUGCCCGAGCCCUGGCUGCUCUACGUCACGGACAUCUUCACCACGCUGGUGGAGAUCCGCUGGCGGGUCAUGUUCCUGAUCUUCGCGCUGUCCUACAUCCUGUCCUGGCUGUUCUUCGGCAUCCUGUACUGGGUCAUCGCGCUGGCCAACGGGGACCUGCGCGGCGAGCUCAACGACCCCUGCAUGUACCAGGUGCGCAGCUUCACCGCCGCCUUCCUGUUCAGCCUGGAGACGCAGACCACCAUCGGCUACGGCUUCCGGGGCAUGUCGGAGAACUGCAUGGUGGCCAUCGUGGUGGUGACGGUGCAGGACGUCAUCAGCUGCGUCAUCGACACCUUCGUCAUCGGCAUCGUGGUGGCCAAGAUGGCGUCGGCCCGCAAGCGCGCGCAGACCAUCGGCUUCAGCCACUGCGCCGUGGUCAACCUCACCGACGGCUUCCUGUGCCUGUCCUGGCGCGUGGGCGACUUCCGCCGGAACCACAUGGUGGAGGGCACCACGCGCGCCCAGAUGGUGCGCUCCACGCUGCACGCCACCGGGCGCGUGGACGUGACCUACAAGGACCUGGAGCUGAGGCAGAGCGACAUCAUCCUGGUCACGCCCACGGUCAUCACGCACCGCAUCGACAGCCGCAGCCCUCUGUACGCCAGCACCAUGGAGGACCUGGCCAAGGACGACUUCGAGCUGGUGGUGUCCUUUACCUACACCGACGACUACACCGGCAUCCUGCACCAGACGCGCACCUCCUACAUCCCGCCGGAGAUCCUGUGGGGGCAGCUGUUCCAGGACAUGAUGCUGGUGACGCGGCGCCACUACCGCGUGGACUACAGCAUGUUCCACCACACGGCGCGCGUGCUGGUGCCCGUCAUCAGCGCCGAGGCCUACGAGCGCAGGAAGCUGCUGCAGCCGUCGCCGCGCCACUCCCCGCGGCGCUCUCCACGCUUCUCGCUGCGCGGGUCCCCCUCGCCGCCGCCCGGCCACUCGCCGUACCACUCGCCACGCCACUCGCCGCACCACUCGCCGCGCCACUCGCGACGCCCCUUGCCACGCCCCUCCCCGCCACCGGAUGGCCGGGGGGCGUGCCUCAAGCCGCCGUCGGUCACCGUGGAGCUGGUGAGGGACGAGGUCUUUGAGGCGGAGCCGGGGGCGGAGCUGGAAAAGACCCUGACCGAGGAGGAGUACCGGCAGCAUCACCAGAACACUUUGUGCCCGCCGGCGGAGCUCAGCCACACAUGA